CGGGACAUGACGUAAAUUACAAUUAUUGUAAUAACGCGGUGCAGUGCACGAGAUUCGCUAGGAAUACAACAUUCGUUUGCGUAUUAUUAGUGCGUGUAACAAUAAUAAUAAUAUAUUACUUUAUUGCAAAAAAAAAAAAAAAUAUUUUUCUGGAAACGUAUAACCGUCGCGGAUAACUCGUCGAUGACUCGUUCGCGUUUUCCUCGUCGGGUCGUUUAUAUUAUACAUAGCUGCUUCUGCUGGCACUAAUUGAGAAACAGCGGACAGUAACGAUAAUUAUUAAAAUAUAUAAUAAUAUCACGAUGUACGAUUUUAAUUCGCUUAACGUUUUACGGAAUUUUAAUUUACAAUAAUAACGAUUAAUAGUACGAUUCGCAAAAUUCAGUCAGCAGCUGAUCGUAGACCACACGUGUUCAUAAUAGUCAAUAGACGACGAUUAUUGUAAUAAUGCUAUUGUAACAUAUGUCUUCGUAGUGCGAUGUAUAGUGAGUAUAGGUAUACACAUGUGGACGUUUACGUUUCAAUCUUUCUAUCGUAUCAAGACUGAUUAAAUGAAGUGCUAGUGCGCCUACUUUGGAUAUGGUAUUUUUAUUGACAAAAAUACAAAAGACAUUUAUCACAGACAAUAUCUUAUCUCGGAACCUUGGAAUGGGUAUAUACUGCGUGAUUAACCACUCAACAUAAUAAAAUAACAUAAUAUUAAUUGUAUCAUAGCAUUUUUACACCUUCAGUCACAUAUUAUGAUGCACAGUUAAUAUAUUUGACAAACUCCGUUAUUACAAAUGUGAAAUCAUAUACAUAUUGUAUUUUUCGUUUAAGUCUGAAAACUGUUUACGUUCGAAAUAUUAUUAUGUUGAUCGCUACCACUUGUAAACAUUUAUAAGUGCACUAAUAUUACUAAAUACUAAGAUUACUUUAUAACAAAAACAUCAGACAUCACAACCAGAUGAAUCAAUUUAACAAAAGGCCAAUUAAUAAUUUAUUCUUAAAAUGGAAAUAAAAACGAAAAAUCACGUAUCCGUUGUCACUGGAUCAUCAAAUAUGAAUUUAAUACUCGGCAUAUGUCUGAUGGGCAUAGUUUCGUUGACAGCAGCACAAACCAGAGUCAAAUGUUUUGACAACAAUAAGGGCAAAGAUCAAAUGGGAAUAAUAUUGGACUGUUCCAAUAUGGCUGGCAAGAGUCAUCCAUACACUAUUGAAGACUGGAUCCGAUACCAUGCGUUCUUCGAUGAUGGAAUUCUUGCUAAUCGUGUAUUGCAUAUUAAUUUGGAAAACAAUAAUUUUCAAGAAAUAUUUACAUUCCCGUAUAUGACAUCGUUGAAAAAAUUGUCGUUUAAGUACAACAACAUAUCGUCCAUGGAAAAUAAGGCGUUGACGAACUUACCAGCACUCGAAGAACUGGAUCUAAGUUACAAUUCGUUGAGCAGUCAUGAAUUACGUCAAUCAGUUUUCCGUCGUUAUACACGUCCAAGUUUACCAGCUACAAAUGAUCCAGCGCUAAAAGUCCUUAAAUUAGGAUUUAACAAUAUACAUUCGUUGCCGCCAAAUUUUUUCCAGCAUUUAACGAAUUUAGAAAAUCUUGAAGUGAAUAAUAAUCCUUUAAUGGUGAUUGAUCAAAACACAGAAAUCUCCUUAGGAUAUUUAACCAAUCUCCAGGUAUUGGAUUUAAGUAACACGGGAAUAUCAAAUUUCCCAACAAAUGUGUUUUCUCCAUUGCUCAAUGUCCAAACAUUAUAUUUGAACGGUAAUCAGUUUGAGAAAAUACCAAAAGAAAUUCGUAAUAUGCCCCUAGCAUAUCUCAAUAUGAACGCAAACCCUAUAAGUAACUUGGACAGUGAGUCGUUUGUCGGUCUGGACCAACUUCAAGAACUCAUUAUUAGUGGUAUGCCUAAUUUAACCGAUGUCGGAUACGGCACAUUCGCUCCACUUAAGAAGCUCACAACACUAUUCAUGUCGCACAAUCCCAGUUUGUCAAACAUCCAUUACGACGCUUUCGUGGAUAAUAGCAGUCAACACUCGUCGUUAAGACAAUUAUCAAUAAAAUACACGAACAUUAGCAGUAUAGAUUCAAGGCUCUACCCUUGGUCAAUGUUAGACUUAUUCGACGCCAAAGGUAAUCCAUGGACGUGUGACUGUAGAUUGUCAUGGCUUGCAAGUUAUAUCAAUGAAACAUUUGCAGAAAUACCAGAGACACUUCUAUAUUAUCGGUGUAGCGAGCCGAAAAACCUAUAUGCCACACUAUUAUCUCAAUUGAAUGAACAUAUCGAUUGCGAUGAUUACAUCCAUAUUUCUAAUAAUCACAGUCACGGUCAUGUCACUCGACUCCGUCAUUUUAUUAUUGUCAUCGGAUUGGUGAUUGGCAUUUUCGUGUUUGGAACAUUAAUAAACAUGGGCUGUAGGGAAAUAAAGAAAGUGCUUAAGCCCAGGAUAUAUGUUCCAACUGGAUUUAGCACAGGUGUAAAAUACAAACCCGCAGAUUUCGAAGAAAAUAUAGACACAAUAGAAGUGCCUGCCAAAAACGCAAUGAUCCAUGGACGAUCGCCAAUAGUUAUAAACAAUAGAGACUGAAAUUUUAAAUUGUAAGCUUUUUGGCUAAAAACAAAUUGGAGCCAAAAGAUAAGAUAGAAAAUAUUAAUGUGAAACAUUAAGCAAUAUUAUUUAAAAGUUAGGUAUUUACUAUACGUAUGUCGUAGGUACAUAUGUAUACGAAUAAUUGUCGUUGAUCAAAAUAAUAAAUGUUAUUUUUAUUUA